AUGGGGCGAGUGAAGAAAGGUCCUAAGUUUGCUGUCACGAAGAAGCUUAUCGGUCCUAAAACCCUCAGGAAGUACAAGGAAGAGGUGUUGAAUCCUAAAAAGAAGGAUCUUGAAAAGGGGAAACUUCCUUGCAAUGUGCCGGGCGUUUCCUCUGCAUUGGUCUUCACAUACAACGCUGCUAUUUGCCCACCUUAUAGGGUUAUUGUGGACACCAAUUUCAUUAACUUCUCUAUCCAAAAUAAGUUGGAUUUGGAGAAAGGCAUGAUGGAUUGCCUCUAUGCUAACUGCACUCCAUGCAUCACAGAUUGUGUUAUGGCUGAGCUUGAAAAGUUGGGACAGAAGUAUCGUGUGGCUUUAAGGUAA